CUUCCCUCCCCCGCCAGCAUCCGGGUCCUUCCGCGCGGUGCAGCAGGUCGGUAGGCGGGACAUGGCGACCGGCCGCUGCUGUGGCUGCUGAGCGCGACCGAGCCCCGGCGGCGGCGGCGGCGGCGCUUGGUGCGACCCGCGCGGCGGGGGAGGCCUGCCGGGCCUGGGCUGCCCUGCCGCCGCGGUGCCGGGCUCCGGCGGCGGGGAGGCGCCGGCCUGCCCCACCUUCCUCUCAGCGCUUCGCAGUAAAAUGGGAAUAAUACAUCACAAACUGCUGGUGCUGCAAGGGUUAAUUACUUAAUGUUAAUAAAAGGAUUCGAAGAUUAAAAAGUCCUACAACUUUACAUGUGACACCAUCAAAAAUGAGGCUGAGAACACGGAAAGCUUCUCAGCAGUCAAAUCAAAAUCACACACAGCGUGCAUUGAGAGUAAAGAGGAAAUACUCAGAGGUGGAAGAGAACAUAUCUGUUGGUGGAGGAAAACUUCAGAAAAAUGAAACUGGCUUACUAUCGUCAAUUAAAAAGUUCAUUAAAGGAAGUACCCCAAAGGAUGAACAAGAACACCCUGCAAAGAGAAGUAGAAUUGAACGUGACAUAGAUGACAACUUAAUUACAUCCACUCCUCGAACAGGAGAAAAGCCUCACAAACAGUUUUCUCGAGUUAAGCGGAAAAGUCCUGCGAAUGGAGAAGCUGGGAAUUAUGAAAUGGCAAACCAGCAUGUCCGGCAGAAUGGAAAAUUGGAUGAUAAUCCCACCAGCGGCAGCCCCCCAAGGACUACAUUAUUGGGGACCAUAUUUUCUCCUGUCUUCAAUUUUUUCUCACCAGCAAAUAAAAAUGGAACAGCAGGCUCAGAUUCUCCAGGCCAAGCUGUGGAGGCUGAAGAAAUCGUGAAGCAGCUUGAUAUGGAGCAGGUGGAUGAGAUUAUUACCAGCACUGCUGUCUCAGCCAACGGAGCAUCCUACGCCAGCCAGACAGCCGAGGUCCGAACGACCAUCAGCACCGUCUUGGAGGAAGUGGAUGAUGUGGCUGACUGUGAUCUGCCUCCGCUGACUGCACCAGUAUCUCCAGACAGUGGUUAUUCAUCAGCUCAUGCAGAAGCCACCUAUGAAGAAGACUGGGAAGUCUUUGAUCCAUACUACUUCAUCAAACAUGUUCCACCGCUAACAGAAGAACAACUUAAUCGGAAACCUGCUCUUCCAUUGAAAACCAGAAGUACACCAGAAUUCUCUUUAGUUCUAGACUUGGAUGAAACAUUAGUCCACUGUAGUCUAAAUGAACUGGAAGAUGCUGCACUCACGUUUCCAGUCCUUUUCCAGGAUGUCAUUUACCAGGUUUAUGUGCGAUUAAGACCAUUUUUCAGAGAAUUCUUAGAAUGUAUGUCCCAAAUUUAUGAGAUCAUUCUUUUUACUGCUUCUAAAAAGGUCUAUGCAGACAAAUUGCUGAAUAUAUUAGACCCUAAAAAGCAGCUGGUCAGACAUCGACUUUUCCGUGAACAUUGUGUUUGUGUGCAAGGGAACUACAUAAAAGAUUUAAAUAUUCUUGGUAGAGAUCUCUCAAAAACUAUCAUCAUCGACAAUUCACCACAAGCCUUUGCCUACCAGCUUUCAAAUGGGAUUCCUAUAGAAAGCUGGUUCAUGGAUAAAAAUGACAAUGAACUCCUAAAGUUGAUUCCUUUUCUGGAAAAACUUGUAGAACUGAAUGAAGAUGUUCGGCCUCACAUACGAGACAGAUUUCGCUUGCAUGACUUACUACCCCCUGAUUAAACUCAAUUUCUGGUCAAAGCUGAAGGGAAAGAAAAUGCAGGAUCCUUUUUCUUUUUGGACUAGAACAAAAACAUUGCCAUUACUGUUGAAAUUUUUGCAUUUUUGUACCCUUUCUCGCUUUUCUUAUCUUUGGUGCCCAACAGUAAUAAAGGGUUACAGAAGAA